AUGGUAAGGUCUUCAACGAGAUUGGAGUUUAACUUCUCAAUCAUAUCGACUAUCAAAGAUAGUUUCUCCGUGCAAGAAUUACUGGACAGAUUGUCUCAGCUUCAAGAAGAGCUCUCUGGUCUGAAACAAGAAGAAGUUAAUUUGAAGAGCGUUGACAAGUACAGGAUAGAACUCAUCAACAAAAAGAUCCUGAAACACAAAGACCAUGGGGUAAGAGCUUAUACAGCAUGCUGUUUGAGCGAUAUGCUGCGACUCUACGCUCCUGAUGCUCCAUACACAGACAAAGAACUCACAGAAAUUUUCCAGCUGUUCUUAGAGCAGUUUCGUCUUUUGCAAGAUCCUGAGAACGGCUAUGUGUCGAUGCAAACGUAUUUGGUCACUAAUUUACUGGAAUAUAGGUCGAUUGUACUCCUGACGGAUCUGCCUAAUUCAUCCCAACUCGUCACAGAACUAUUUGAGAUUUUCUACUCCUCGAAAAGUGAUGGCAUUCAAGACAAGCUGUUUGCCAUCAUAGCCGGAAUCUUGGGAGAAGUUAUUUUAGAAUGUGACACAAUGCCUAUGCGUGCGCUGAAGCUGGUCUUCAAUAAGUUUUUAUCUCAGAAACACAAGGAAACCAUCAGUGGUCUCAGUGUGAAGAAAGACCCGAGUUUCGAAUUCAGUCUUGCAAUAUGUCAAAACUACUCUAAUCGUUUGGGGCGGCACUUUAUCAAAUUCUAUUCGGAAAUAAUGUAUGAAGUUCUGAACGAAAACGAUGGUCAGGAAAAGACGAAAGUAUCCUCUGAAUAUAAAACGUUGGUCAAGCUUGGAAAGCUAACUUCUGAACUGUGGAAAUACGCUCCUGAUCUUGUAGGGUCUGUAACGGGUUUUAUCUACCAACUGCUUUGUUCAGACCACGAGCUUUUUCGCGAAGCGGCUACAGGUUGCGUGAGCGAAAUGUUGAAAACCUCUUCUCUCAUCAAUUUCGACGUUGCCCACAACGACGUCUACAAAGUCUGGCUCAGUAAAAUGGCCGAUAUCAGCCCUCAAGUCAGGCAAACUUGGGUAUCCAAACUACCUGGCAUUUUCGUGGAUCGAGCGGAUCUUUCCACUGAUAUUUCAAAGGGACUCGCCAAAGCUCUCAUAGACUCCGAUCAUUACGUGCGCUUGUGUGCAGUGAGAGUCCUUGAAGAGGUUCCGGUAAAAAAGCUCUGGGAAUGCUUACCUAACGUCUCGGUCUACACAGGACUUCUACAUUUGACGCGGGAGGUACGAGCUGAUAUAAGGGAAGUUAGCAUUGAUGUGGUGUCCAAAAUCUACGUUGAGUCUAUGGAACAAAUUUCAAGGACUGAGGAGAACGGAGAGAUUUGGGAAAUAGUAGAGACAAUUCCCUCUGUCUUCUUCGAUCUUUACUACAUCAACGACCUGGAAAUCAACAUGAAGAUUGACCAAAUUCUGUUCGAAAAAUUCAUACCUUUGGAUUCGGACCCCCAAAGUUUGGUCGACAGAGUUGUGAGAAUGAUGCGAAAUUUUGACAAAAAAGCGACUGCAUCAUUCAAUGCCUUCAACAAGCGGCAGGAGCAAAUGUCCGUCGUCAUUAAUAAAUUCAUAACCUUUUGCGAGAACAGCCAUUCAAAUGAAGUCUCGUUGGCUAAUUCUUCAAAACCUUUACUGGAAAAAACAAUAGAAGUAGUGAGCCUCGGAUAUCCGGCAAGAUUUGAAGUUCGUGAAAUUUUGGCCGCUUUCAAUGAGCUCAAUGAUCGGAGACUAUACCAUCUCAUCAAGGUUGCUGUUGAUGAAAUGUCAAAUAAUAACACGGUUAGGAAUGCAGUCAGUGAGCUUUUCAAGAGAAUUGAGGAUCCUGAGCUUUUCCGAAGGAAAGGCGUCAAAAUUGAUUCGCGGUUUACCAGAGAAAAUUUUGCUUCAGUGAUCAGAGUCUUGAUUUUUAGAUCUGCACCUAUCAUAUUCAACAUCUCCACUUUAUCAAUACUACUGACAGCGUCAGAUAACGCCAAUGAUGAGGAAAACUCUCUGAGACGCCAACUAGUCGACAGCAUCUCUGCCAUAAAGCCUCGAAUUUUUAAAGGCCAGGUGAAGCAAUUGAUGGAAACAAUACUAUCACUAGAUGCAAAUCAGCUGAAAAGGACUUCGCUUCCCUUAAGCGAGGUCAUGAAGACCCUUUACAAAGUUAGCAAAAGCAUGCCUGAAUGCAUCAUCACUGCAAAGCCUAUCUUUUUGGAAAAAUUAGAAGAAAUGGCCAAAGGGGAAGCCAUUCUUGUGGCUAGGUAUGCGGUGAAGCUUUUGGGCCUUUCGCAAGAUCCGCGUAGCCAUUUCUUCAGAAUAAAGGAGACUAUUUUACCAUUGAAUCCCGAGUCUCACAGCUUUGCAGCCAAUUUGAUGGCACUGUCACAAAUUUUGAAGCAACAGCCUGAGGUGCUUGAAAGUGAUUCGACUGAAAUUGUAAGUUUACUUAUUAAAGAUGUUCUUUUAACUAAUCAAGUGGUUGGUGACAAAGAAGGACAGCCGAACUGGAUCUCCUUUGAUGAUAUAUGUAACGAUGAUUCUUACCGUUCCCUUGCUUCGAAAAUCCUGUCACUCAAAUUAUUCUGCAAUAAGUUACGGGCUCUUGCGCCGGAACUCGAAGGUGAUGAAAUGGCCCAAGCCUUUACUGCACGAAUUUUGAAACUGUUCUUUUACCUGAUUGCAAGUGGCGGUGAAUUAGUGAUGGAAAGUAGCGAGAACUUCCCGACCCCGAACAAUUACCAGAAUCAAUUGAGGUGUACAGCUGGGCUUCAGAUCCUCAAAUUGGCCAAAGUUCCACAGCCGAGCACUUAUAUCAAGCCUGACGACAUUUCCAGAUUGGUGAAUCUUGUGGAAGACGAGUCGAUAGAAGUCAGAAGUCUCUUUAUCGGGAAACUGAAGGAUUGCGUAGGGGACGAAACCGUUUCAAUCAAGUACCUUCCCCUCAUUUUUUUCACAGCGUAUGAACCCGAUGUAGCUUUGAAAACAAGUACGCGAAUGUGGAUAAACUCCACAUUGAGCAGGGAGAGCUUCAAGAAAGGCACUUUUUUUGAAAGAGCCUUGCCCAGAUUCGUUCAUUUGAUAGCUCACCAUCCCGAUGUUGCGGAAGGAUUGGCAGGAAGUGAUGCGAUUCUUUUCAAUAGUUUAAGCACCGCGGUCGGUUACUUGGUCUAUUACUUUCACGCUGUUGCCAACGUUACCAACCUGGCUCUCCUGUAUUAUUUAGCCGGGAGAAUAAAGCAGUACAGAGAUCGCGUCGGGGAGAGUUCUGAUGAUACUACAAACAAGACAGGUGUGCAAAGUGGGGAACGUUCGGAGACUGAACAAGGCAUUUAUGUGAUUUCUGAACUAGCUCAACUAGUGUUAGGGCAACUCAAAGACUAUUGUCAAUGGACACUCUCCUCAUAUCCUGGGAAGCUCAAUCUACCCUCAGAUUUGUUCGAGCCCUUUGAUACUAUAGAAGAUGCUCGUAAAAACAUAUUCGGCACCUAUUUGAACCCUGAUACGCUAACUGAUCUAAAAAAGACUAUCAAUAUGCAGAUUUUGCGUUUGCACAGACGACCAACAAUGCAGAGACAGCGCAUCGUCCAGAGCACCAAGAGACCGAUGCAUGAAGAAAGGGGCCAAUCCAAGAAGCGCAUUAAUGUCUCCGCAGGAACUCAUAUAGAGGAGACCACAGGUGAACUCAGCGAAGAUGAUAACUACGUUCCUUCUAAAAAUCUGCGGCGACCUACAGAGGAUAUGAGGAAAAGCUCUCGACAGAAACGCACCAUCGACUAUGCUGAUCCCGGCAGUGAUAGCGAAUAA